AUGGGCAUCAAAACCACUCCAACACCUCCCCUCUCAAACCCACACAUCUGCAUAAUCGGCUCUCUCAACAUUGACUUCGUCACCUCGACUCCCCGCUGCCCAGGUCCAGGCGAAACACUCACAGCCACCGCUCUAAAUGUAACAGCCGGAGGCAAAGGCGGAAACCAAGCCGUUGCAGCCGGGCGCGCUUCAUUCCUUACACCAACUUGCCAAGAUGUAUCCGUGAGCAUGAUUGGGGCUGUCGGCGCCGAAGACCCAUACUACAGCACACUGCUCAAGCCAUGCCUCGAGAAGUCAGGUGUGAGCACACAAUAUAUUGAAGAAUCAACGGAUUUCCAGACAGGAUCGGCAAGCAUCAUUGUUGAAGAAGCUGCUGGCGGCGAGAACCGCAUUCUUGUUGUCCCUGGUGCGAACCAUGGUGGGAUUAUGAGCGACGUGGCGCAGAUCGUGGGUGCUGUUAAGGCGCAGGAGGUUGCUCCUUCUGUUAUUGUGUUACAGGGUGAGAUUCCACGGAAGACAACACUGGGUUUAUUGGAAUACUUCAAUGGUGGUGUUGCAGAUGAUCGUGGCUGUGUUGUUUUUAAUCCAGCGCCCGUUUUCCCGGAGGGUAUCUCGCUUGAGUCAUUGCGGAACACGGCUGUUUUGAUUAUGAAUGAAACGGAGGCUGUUCAAAUGUCGAGCUGCAUUGCUGGAUUAUCAGUUGCAGAUGCUGCGAAAUUAGAGAGUUUGCAGCCUGACGAGUUGGCACCACGAUUCCACGAUGUGGCAGGCGUUCAAGUGGUGUUAAUUACGCUGGGCGCAAAUGGAGUUUAUUUCUCGACUAAGAGUGGGCGUCAGGGUGUUGUGAAUGGAGUUCGUGUUCCUAAGGUUGUGGAUACAACUGCUGCGGGAGAUACAUUUGUAGGAUACUUCUCUACAGCCUUGGCACGGUUUUUGGCUACGGGUGCUGUUCUGGAGGCGUUUGACAGCGAGAUUCAAGGCGCUGUGGAGAAGGCUAAUGCUGCUGCGGCUAAGUGUGUACAGCGCCGUGGCGCGAUGCAAAGCAUUCCCUUCUCUUACGAUAUGGAGUGA